AUGUUGAUUGUGGAAUUCGUUCGAGAUGAGGUGCAGUUUCUAAGAUUACCGGACGGUAGUUUAGUGGAAAAGUGUUCGAUGCAAACAGUGAAUAAUUAUGGCUGUGCUUUCAGGAAAACCAAAGUAAACGUUGCCUGUCAAACUGAAAGUGAAGACGCCAUCAUACCAAGGAUGCCCUCUUCGCAAUGCUCUCGAUCAACUCUUGCACAACCUGUCACUAAAGGUACAACUGCAGUAGCAACAGCAUCGACUGCAGAAACGAGUUCUGCCUCAUCGAGCACAUCAUCGGACGGUACUUUACGCCUUAUGAUUCAGAACUUCAAAAAUAUGUCUGAUACUGUUAGAGGGCCUAGUAAGAAGAUACAGUCGGUUCCGUGGCGAAUAAUGGUUAUGCCCAGGCAGCACGUUGUACAGAAGAAGGGUACGCAAAAAUGUCUCGGGUUUUUUCUUCAGUGUUGUCCUGACGCAUAUUCUGAUUCGUGGUCGUGCCAAGCAGCUGCCGAGCUGCGUUUGAUCUCUCAAAAACAAGGCGUUCAACAUUUCACUAGGAAAACCAAUCAUGUUUAUACGGCCAAAGAAAACGAUUGGGGUUAUUCUUGCUUCAUGACUUGGGCUGAUAUAUUGGAUGAAAGUCAAGGUUAUAUAAAGGAAGACAAAGUGAUUUUAGAAGUUUCUGUGAAGGCGGAACCGCCAAAAAAUAUACUAACGCAUGAUCAGUUCGAAAAGAAGAUUCAAGACUACAUGCGUUUAGCCGAUAUACAAAGUAGCAGGGGAUUAAUUGACAAGGCAAUUGAAGUUAAUCUAAGUGCUCUGAAGUUUUGUAAGGAUCGAGAUCAAGACUGUAAAGCUGAAUUAGAGGCUCAAAAAGCGAAGCUGAUCGAGAUGAAAUUAAAGCAGAGUAUCGAGAGGAUUGAGAAAGGACCACCAAUUGGUAAGAAUGAAGAGGAGAAUUCGUUGAAUCAAAAUGCUUUAAAACAAGCUAUCUCUGGAACGCCAGCAACGUUAAAGCAAUCUGGCUCAUGUAAAUCAACCAACAAAAGCAGCUCAAUUACUAAAGCAAGAGAUAAUAGCAAUGUGGAGAAGAAUGGAAACGCUCAAAACAAUAGAAUUACUGGAAGCAAAGCUGUUUUUUGCGUCGUGUGUGGUCGGAAAGGCUGUAAUGUUAUGAAUCUUUUCAGGUCACAGACACCCCCUCCACCCAUAAAACCCGUCGAAUCGCAGCAGAACAUUGAUUCGGUUGUCACAGAUGCACGAACCGAUCUUCGUGCUGAACUUCUACUAUCUAAUUCACCUUAUAAGACACCUUGGAUACCACCCGAUGCAAACGCAAGUGAAGAGGCUAUUAAUGAGCUGAGGAGAAACGUUGAAUUUAGAGAGUUGAAAGAAGCAGUAUUGAGUGGUAAUGAACGGUUCGCUGCCAAGUUGGAAGAGAAACUUGCUGCUGAAAAGAAAACGUACAUAGCAAAUAAACAAAGUGAACUGAUUCGUGCCAAAGCCAUUCUUGAGAAAAUCUCAGCACUUGCCGUUCAAAACGAUCCACAAAUGAUGAGAGAAAUCAAUAAAAUAGCUAAUGAAAACUACGAGGACGAACUUCGGAAGCAACAAGCUAUCAAAAGGAUAUCGAAAGCAACGCACCAAAAGAAAAGCUUAUUAUCGAAUUUAGUUGAUACGGAUACGGAUAAACUUACUGAUGAGCAACAAAUUGUUAAAGGAGACGAUCAGAAGCCGACAGCUGUAGAUACUAGAUCAAAGAAGGUCAUACAAACUGAAUUCGAAGAGGUUAUUUGCAUCAUUCAUGUGUCUUUGCUUAUUGAUCAGUCAAUGACUAGUACUCGAAAUUGUAAUCUUUUUAGGCAUAACGCUUACAGAUCUGAAAUGAGAAUAUACUAUUAUGAAAUUGCAGAAAAAAGUGGUCCAGUAUGGAGGAAUGCCUCUUAUAAGAAUGAACUGACAUCACCCGAGGAAACAUGGGAUUCGUUAGCUGAGGUUGGAGACGAACGGCGUGAUAGUGGCACAAUAGAAUAUUUGAGUGAAGAUGAAACUGCAAGUUCGGGUGGUGGCAGUUCAGACAGUGAGGUGGAAGGAAAUGGCGGUCGAACAGCAUUAGGUAUACCUGUUUCAAAGAAGAUGAAACGAUGCUUGGAAGGGCCAGAUGCGCUUGUGGCUGACGAAUGUGAUAGUUGCAUUCAAGCGAUGCUCGAACCGUCGUCUGUUGCCACUGAAGAGGCUUCAUGUCAGACUGAUUUUCCGUUGGUAAAUGAAAAUGCAACACAGAAGAAUGAGCCAGUUGUAGUAACAGCAAGAGGUGGCAAUACAAAUAAUAAUAACACCAACAGCAAUAAUAAUAUUACCACAAGUCCACCUAGAGUAUACGCUCAGCCGAAAAAGCAAGCAUCCAGAAAAGCAAAUGUUAAUACAAUGGAUAAUUCGAAAUAUGAAGAAUCGGAGUGGCGUAAGAAAAAGAUUAAUAAUGACUUGAAGGACGUCGAUUCAUCGAACAAAAAACAAGAAGAGGCGAGAAUCGUACCUCAGAGCAAUACUGAUCCAUCAAAUGCUCCCGACCUGACCAGGGAGGGAAUCGCGCGUUUUACGUCGCAUUUUGCCAAUCCAGAUCCAACGCUCAUGGGAGCUCUACCGCAAAUAUAUCAUCCGUCACCGCAACAAAUUUUUGGCGAUGACCUCCCAUCCCCUCAGCUUCAACGUUACUUGGAGGAAGCUGCACAGCCGAAUGUUUGGUCAAGACAGUAUAUUGAAGAGUGGCUUAAAUUCAACAUCAAAUAUUGCUGGAAGUAUAUGAAAAAUGGAGAGAAUUCGAGCGGUGGUGGUGAAGAAGGAAGCAUUGACUUAAGCACUGGUAAUAUUCCUCAUUUCAACGACGCUCAGGUGCAGCAGGUAAUGGCUGCUCUUUCGGUGAUUGGAGUGAAUUGCGUAAAUGCGAAACGAGUAGUCGAUAAGGCAGCCGAAUUUAUCAAUACACUCGAGACACGUUCGAAGAGUCCAUUUCUCAGAGACUGCUUGCAAAAGCUUGCGUCACUUGCCGGAGACGAAAAGGCUAUCGAUGCUCCCAAAGAUUCUCGCAAAAAUGAAUCGUCGUUGGAUAGCGGUACGGGGGACGAGCGUGUGGGUGGUAUGCUCGGUGAAGAGGAAGAGCAUUUGAGUGUAAUGAUGUCAUCAAUGGAAUGCCCAGAUGAUACGCACGAUUACAUGCUCAACCGAGAAGUACAGCGUAUUGGUGUGUUCGCUGAUCAAGCGGUCAGCAAAAAUCCACUCAUGGAAUUGGGACAAGCAGAAAAGUUGAGCGAACACACCGAGAAAAUUGCUGCGAGGAUCACGUUGCUGGAGUCCGACAAGGAAAAUCUGUCGAGACAGUUGAGCAGCGAAAGAGACAAAAUGAAGAAAAGUGAACAAAAGCAUACGAGUGCGAUGAAGCAGUUGCAGUCACAACUGCAAACCGAAAAAGAGAAACACGAUAAAGCUGUUCAGCAAUUGAAUCAAAAGAAAAACGAAUUGAAAAAGCAGGAAAAAACCUUAAAGCAACAUGAGCGAGACGCGGAACGUUUCCGUGAAUUACAAGAUAAAGUGGAUUAUAUGGUGAAAGAGUCACAAGAGAUGCGUCAAAAGAAUGCUGAUGAGAUCCGUAAGCUGCAAAGAGAAUUACAGUCAAGUCAAGACACCCGCAAAAAUAUGGCUGAUGAAAUUAAAGGUCGAGACUCUGAGUUAGCCGAACUCAGGAAUCAGCUCAGUGAACGGUCGCUUGCACUGAAGCGUUCUGAGAACACGCUCAGCACGGAGAGAAAGACGUUCCAAAAUAAUCUCAAUGCAGCAAUUGAACGAGCCAAGAAAGCCGAAAUAAUGUAUUUGGAAUUGAAAUUGGAGACCGGUGUUAUGGUUUUAGAGCGUGCCUACAAAGACGCAGGCCAGCGGGUGAAAGAUUUAGAGAUGGAACAGAAGAAGAUGCGAAGUGGAACACAUUCGGAAGAGUUGAAAACAUCGAUCGCUGAAUGGAAGGCAAAACGAGAGGAGGUAGCUGCGCUAAUAGCAACCUCAAAGUCUGAAUUCGCUACACAGAUUGAUCAAAUCAAAGGUGGUAAGCAGCUAUCACAGUUACCAAGAAUUGCAGUAGCGAAACCUCCACCAGCUCCAAAAUCAUUCAAAAUCAAUCAGUUUGUUGGCAGUAGCAGUAGCACUAACAGCAACAGCAACAACAACAAUAGUAACAGCAAUCAACCUUCACAAAUUUCGUCGAGUGAGAAAGCGGUAUCCACUUCGACAGUUCCAUCACCAGGUGUGAUUGGCCAAACGACUCGCAGCAGCACUUCCUCUCAAGGGGGUAUUAUUGGCACCAGCAUGCAAACAGGGAAUGUAGCGCCCGGUUCGCCGGUGCAGUCAAUCUCAAAGGCACCAGCACCUCCAUCAACUGUGUCCCCAAUGAAGUCUCCAAUGACCACCACCUCAACUAUUGCGCCUAUUGGUGUUCGUCCGACAAGUCAUAUGAACGGAUCGGUCGAUUUUUCGAGUGCAGUGACAUCGUCAUCAUCUGUUGUGAAUACACCACCAACCAAUACGUCUUGUCUAAACUCUGCUAGCCAGCCAUCCACAAGCACAGCGUCAUCGUCCUCGGGAACUGGCAUUUCAUUACCGAAUACAUGGGGAUCUGCUUGGGAAGGACCGUUGGCGAUGAGUUCGAUCAAUGAAUUGCUCAAUUCAAGUCGAUCCUUUGGCCCUAUUGGUACCGAUUAUGGCAUUACUAAUCCUACCGUUCAGCCAACUUCAAGUCAGCUCUCUCAGCCGCCACCAGGACUGGCUAAUGCGGGUGCACAUUUUGGAAAUGCACAAUCGAACGGGUGGGGCAGCACGGGUACAGAAUGGUCGAACUCAAUUUCUGGCGGUAUGAACAACGGCAAUAUCGUAUCCGGUCAGUACGGUCGUUUGCAUCAGACGGGCGGUUAUCAAUCUCCGCAAUGGGCUGGUGGAUGGGCUGGCUAUCGAACGCCACAACCUGGUGGUUCGCCUGACGUAGCGAGUACAAUCUUGGAAAACAGUCGCAGUUCUUCACCUCGAAGAGACCUUGUGUUCGAUUCACUGAGAACGCACUUUCCGCAAAUUUCACCAGAAACACUGAAAGAAUAUGCGAAUGAAUUUAUGAUGCGUAACAAUUGUGCAUCCCUAAAGAAUAUUCCGAUGUGCGACAUAGUUAGUCAGGUGGCACAGAUUAUCGCAUCUAAACAGUUGUGGAGUAAAACAAACGUACCACCGAUGAUGCAUCAGCCACCACCAAAUGUAAUGGUGCAACAGUCGACGGUAGGAGUCACCCCAAUUGAAUCAUUCCAGUCAGCAUCGUCUCGUCUUCACAAUCAACAGUCUACAGUACAUUCACAUGUGCUUAUGCAGCAACAGUGUAGGUUAUUUAUGGCUUGUUCACCUUAA